GGAGGACGCCCUCACCUACCUGGACCAGGUGAAAAUCCGUUUCGGCAGCGACCCUGCCACCUACAACGGCUUUCUGGAGAUCAUGAAGGAGUUCAAAAGCCAGAGCAUUGAUACCCCUGGAGUCAUCAGACGUGUGUCCCAGCUGUUUCACGAGCACCCAGACCUCAUCGUUGGAUUCAACGCAUUCCUUCCUCUCGGGUACAGGAUAGACAUCCCUAAGAAUGGCAAGCUGAACAUACAGUCGCCACUGACCAGCCAGGAGAACUCGCACAACCACAGCGACUACUCGGACUCCUUCAGGCAGCAAGUACUGUACAAGGAGGACAAGCCCCAAGUGCCCCUGGAGUCAGACUCCGUGGAGUUCAACAACGCCAUCAGCUACGUGAACAAGAUCAAGACCCGCUUCCUGGACCACCCGGAGAUCUACCGCUCAUUCCUGGAGAUCCUGCACACGUACCAGAAGGAGCAGCUGAGCACGAAAGGCCGGCCAUUCCGCGGCAUGUCCGAGGAGGAGGUUUUCACCGAGGUGGCCAACCUCUUCAGGGGCCAGGAGGACCUGCUCUCCGAGUUUGGCCAGUUCCUGCCCGAGGCAAAGCGGUCCCUGUUCACAGGAAACGGGCCCUGCGGCAUGAAUAGCACCCCAAAGGGUGAGCCUGAGAAGAUUCCAGAACACAGCAAGAAGCGUGCCCGGCCCUCACUGCUCCGCCCCGUGUCUGGGCCAGCCAAGAAGAAGAUGAAGCUCCGUGGGACCAAGGACCUGUCGGUCGCGGCCGUGGGCAAGUACGGCACCCUGCAGGAAUUCUCCUUCUUCGACAAGGUGCGCCGCGUCCUGAAGAGCCAGGAGGUCUACGAGAAUUUCCUCCGCUGCAUCGCACUCUUCAACCAGGAGCUGGUGUCUGGCACUGAGCUCCUGCAGCUGGUCAGCCCGUUCCUGGGGAAGUUUCCAGAACUCUUUGCCCAGUUCAAGUCCUUCCUGGGCGUAAAGGAGCUGUCGUUUGCCCCGCCCUUGAGUGACCGGUCCGGGGACGGGAUCAGUCGGGAGAUCGACUACGCGUCCUGCAAGCGCAUCGGGUCCAGCUACCGGGCACUGCCCAAGACCUACCAACAGCCCAAGUGCAGUGGGAGGACGGCCAUAUGUAAAGAGGUGCUGAACGACACCUGGGUCUCCUUCCCCUCCUGGUCGGAGGACUCCACCUUCGUCAGCUCCAAGAAGACGCCCUACGAGGAGCAGCUGCAUCGCUGUGAGGACGAGCGCUUCGAGCUGGACGUCGUCCUGGAGACCAACCUGGCCACCGUCCGCGUGCUGGAGAGCGUGCAGAAGAAGCUGUCGCGCAUGGCCCCCGAGGACCAAGACAAGUUCCGCCUGGAUGACUGCCUGGGGGGCGCCUCCGAGGUCAUCCAGCGGCGUGCUAUCUACCGCAUCUACGGUGACAAGGCCCCUGAGAUCAUCGAGAGCCUCAAGAAGAACCCCGCCACUGCAGUGCCCGUCGUCCUCAAGAGGCUGAAAGCCAAGGAGGAGGAGUGGCGGGAGGCACAGCGCGGCUUCAACAAGGUGUGGCGAGAGCAGUACGAGAAGGCCUACCUCAAGUCCCUCGACCACCAGGCCGUGAACUUCAAGCAGAACGACACCAAAGCCCUGCGCUCCAAGAGCCUGCUCAAUGAGAUCGAGAGCGUCUACGACGAGCACCAGGAGCAGCACUCAGAGGGCCGGAGCGCCCCCGCCAGCGAGCCCCACCUCAUCUUCGUGUAUGAGGACCGGCAGAUCCUGGAGGACGCCGCGGCCCUGGUCAGCUACUAUGUGGCGCGGCAGCCGGCCAUCCAGAAAGAGGACCAGGCCACCAUCCAGCAGCUGCUGCACCAGUUCGUGCCUGGCCUCUUCUUCUCGCAGCCGCUGGAGCCCGGCGCCUCCGAGGAGUCGGCUGACGAGGACCCAGAGGCUGCCCGGGGCCCAGGGGCUGAGCCCGGUGAGCGGAAGCGGCCUGGGGCGCCCGGCGGCCCCCCCGAGGAGAAGGGCCCCCCUGGGGACGGCCCAGCGGCAGGACCGCAGCCGACAGCCCUGGACGAUGUGUACAGCCUCUUCUUUGCCAACAACAACUGGUACUUCUUCCUGCGCCUGCACCAGACGCUGUGUGCCCGGCUGCUCCGGCUCUACCGCCAGGCGCAGAAGCAGCUGCUGGAGUACCGGGCCGAGCAGGAGCGCGAGCAGCUGCUGUGCGAGGGCCGGCGCGAGCGGGGCAGCGACCCUGCCAUGGAGCUGCGGCUGAAGCAGCCUAGUGAGGUGGAGCUGGAAGAGUACUACCCGGCCUUCCUGGACAUGGUGCGGAGCCUGCUGGAGGGCAACAUGGACCCCACGCAAUAUGAGGACACGCUGCGCGAGAUGUUCACCAUCCACGCCUACAUCGGUUUCACCAUGGACAAGCUGGUGCAGAAUAUCGCGCGCCAGCUGCACCAUCUGGUUAGUGAUGACGUGUGUCUGAAGGUAGCGGAGCUCUACCUGAACGAGAAGAAGCGCGGGGCUGCCGGCGGCAACCUCUCCUCACGAUGUGUGCGUGCCGGCCGGGAGACCAGCUACCAGUGGCGGGCAGAGCGGUGCAUGGCCGACGAGAACUGCUUCAAGGUGAUGUUCCUCCAGCGCAAAGGGCAAGUGAUCAUGACCAUCGAGCUGCUGGACACGGAGGAGGCCCAGAUGGAUGACCCCGUGGAGGUGCAGCACCUGUCCAGCUACGUGGAGCAGUAUGUGGGCACAGAGGGCACUGCCAGCUCACCGAGUGAGGGCUUCCUGCUGAAGCCAGUGUUCCUACAGAGGAAUCUUCGGAAGUUCCGGCGAUGGCAGUGCGCGCAGGUGCGGGCCCUGCGGGGUGACGCCAAGGGUUCGUGGAAGCGGCUGGUGGGCGUGGAAAGCGCCUGCAGCGUGGACUGCCGCUUCCGGCUCAGCACCCACAAGAUGCUGUUCAUCGUCAACUCGGAGGACUACAUGUACCGCCGCGGCGCCCUCGGCCGCGCCAAGCAGGUGCAGCCCCUGGUGCUGCUGCGACACCACCAGCACUUCGAGGCGUGGCACGGACGCUGGCUGGAGGAGCACGUGCCGGUGGAGGCAGCCAGCCUGGUGCAGGACUGGCUGAUGGGCGAGGACGACGAAGACCUGGUGCCCUGCAAGACGCUGUGCGAGACUGUGCGCGUGCACGGGCUCCCUGUGACCCGCUACCGCGUGCAGUACAGCCGGCGCCCCGCCUCACCCUGACCGCCUGGGGACACCACCCAGGCCUCUCCACAGCCACUUGCCCCAGCAAGGGGUCCAGACUGUGCCAAACCAGAGGGGGCGCCACCCUGGGGGUGUCGGGUGACUGCCUGAGGGGAGGAGACCCCAGAGCUGCGGGCUGAGCCCAAGGUGGGGUGGGGCAGGGCCUAGUCACACUGAUGCCAAAAGUGGGGCGUGCGGUGGCUCUGACUCCCUGCAGCUGGCCUGCUGGGCCUAGCAGCCGACCUGCUAAAGCUUCUGCUCUGAAUGGGAGACACAGCCGGCCGGCCGAGGUGCAGCCAUCACCCCCUUCCCUACCGUGCACUUACAGUGGAUCUUAUUGAAAGAUGCACCGGAGCACUGGUCUUCCCGGUCUGCCGAGGGCGUGCCGCCCUGGGGCUGAAAGCCAUCUGUGGCAACGCUGCCUGCCCUGCAGCCCCGUCCUGGAAAGCCCUGCCCUGGAGAAAGGGGCUGCUGUUCCCCUGAGGGUGUGGGCCUGAAGGGCUCGUGCCAAGAAUGCCAAGCUGCACUUGCCGCGGGGGCGGGGCCAGUUCCCUGAGUGCCCCACCCUCGUCCACUCUGCUCCCCGUCUCCAGACUCCCACAGCAGAGCUGUGCCAAACGCGGUUCCCGGAAGCAUACUUGUAUUUCUAGAAGCUUCUGGAACUCUGGAGGCCCGAGGGUUCCAAGGUCAGCACAUCCCCACCUGGGGUCUGGUGGCCCCUGUGGCCUGCGUGCAGUAGGCACGUUGUGAGUCCCUCGUUCUCUGGAAGGAGUGUGUCGUCUGGGUUCCUGGACCCAUCCCCUGCCGGCUGGGCUUGCUCUGCCAACUCCACCCUGGGCAGGCGGGAGGGGGUGCCCACCCUGCAUGCUCUGAGGGGCAUUUGCCCCUCCUGGACACCUUCCACCCGGCCUCAUCCUUCCUUUGCAGCUGUUUUGAAUGUACAUUUCCUUUUCUAUUUAUUUGCACAUUAAAGGUAAAAAUUAAAUAUUGCUGUAAAGCCCA